AUGGAUUCUGAGGGGUAUGGCGGCUGUGGAGCAGCUCCGACUCCUUCUUGCUCCAGUAGUAGCAACGCUGCGGCUGCGCGGCGCAUCGGAUACUACGAGAGCUGGGCGACGGAGCGGCCAUGUGAUGUGUUUACACCUGAAGACCUCGAGCUGACGGGUCUGACGCAUAUCAAUUUUGCCUUCUCAUUCUUCGACCCGUCUACGUUCCAGCUCUCGCCCAUGGACGCAAAUGCGGCCAGCCUUUAUUCGCGCUUCACGGCACUCAAGACCAAGCAGCCAGGGCUGCAGGCGUGGCUAUCGGUCGGCGGCUGGUCUUUCAAUGAUGCAACGAAUACGCCAAACACGCAAAAUGCUUUCAGUAACAUGGUCAGCUCCUCGGCAAAUCGGCAAGCUUUCAUUACUUCACUGCGCAAUUUCAUGCAGACAUACGGCUUUGACGGUGUGGAUAUUGACUGGGAAUACCCUGCCGCCGACGACCGAGGCGGCGUCGCAGCCGAUUUUGCUAACUUCCCAACCUUCCUGGCUGAAUUGAGGGCCUCGUUCGGUAGCGGAUUGGGAAUCAGCACUACACUUCCAUCCUCAUACUGGUACCUUCAGCAUUUUGACGUUCUUGACAUGGAGCCCAGCGUCGACUGGUUCAACUUCAUGAGCUACGACAUCCAUGGCGUGUGGGACUCGUCCAACAAGUUCACGGGGCCUUAUAUCCGCCCGCACACCAAUCUCACUGAAAUCAACGACGGCUUGUCCCUGCUGUGGAGGGCUGGAGUCAAUCCGUCCAAGGUUGUGCUUGGACUGGGCUGGUAUGGGCGUUCCUUUACGCUCGCUGAUCCGUCUUGCACCACACCUAACGGCGUAUGCCAGUUUACCACCGGUGGUAAUGCGGGAGAGUGCACACGGUCAUCCGGGACGCUUUCUAACGCCGAGAUCAAACGUCUUCUAGCGGCUGGAACGGGAACCGAAUCAUAUGAUGCCACUGCAGGGGUCCGCUGGCUUGCCUUUGAUACGAACCAGUGGGUAAGCUUCGAUGAUGGAGUGACAAUGCAGCAGAAGCUGGUCUUCGCUAAUAGCUUGUGUCUUGGGGGUAUCAUGAUUUGGUCGAUCGAUCAGGACAACACAGCUGGCGAUAGUAUGAACGACUUGAUGGGCAUCGGUACAGCAAACGGGGUGUCAGAGGUAGCUGCCACUUCAUUCAAGGAGCAGAUGGCCAAUGCUACGCUACAGAACGCUAUCGCAUCGAGCUGCUACUGGUCUCUAUGCGGAGGGGAGUGUACGACCGGGUAUUUCGAUGCAACUGGAGCCCGCGGCCAAAUUGUUGGCUUCCAGCAGAACUCCGUAUGCUCUCCAGGCGAAGUCCAGACACUAUGUUGCGCUCCAGGAACCACAAUGGGCACCUGUCAAUGGGAGGGUUUUAGAGGCGUGGGAAUGCCUUGCUCGCCGGCAUGCUCUGACUCCGAGGCCACCAUUGUCGCCCGUAAUAGCAACUCGUACCAGGAGAACGAUGGAGGGCAGAUUGAAGACCUGACCUGUACUGGUGGCUUUCAAGCAUAUUGCUGCACUGGAUUUGUCCCUUCGUCGAUCACAAAUUCUGGCAACCUCGUGCUCUAUGGCCAGACUUCUGCGCUUAGCAAGCGAGGCGGGUCUAAUACUGGCCUUAGUCUCUAUGUACGCGACCAUGGACUUGAAGAGCGUGCUUUGCCUCCUGGCUUAAUACUCUCCGGAUUGGGAUUGGGAUCUCUCUGCCUCGCUGAUCUCGUCCCGUCGCUUCUUGCAGCACUGCCCACAUUCGGCCUAUCCCUUAUUGGGGAGGGGGCGGUAUGUGCUCUAGGGGCAGUUGCCGGCGCCGCUGCUGCGGUCUACGUCGGUUGGCAAAUUAUCUCAGGCAUAGUUGGGUGGAUUUUCGGCGGCUCCCCAUCUAAACCCAACGUUGGCGUCCCAACGACAGUUGGGACCCGAACUGCGUAUGGCCAGUGGUCGAUUCUCGACUUUAACGACGGCGCCACGACGACUAGCUGCGAUUGUGAGGUCACAUAUACGUGCCGCUAUGGCUUGGGUUGGGAUGAGAUUUGUGAUAACCAAAGAUGGGCGAUCAACAAGCUGCUCAACGGAAAGACUGUCUAUCAACCACUGACAGCCCAGAACGGCCGUAAGUAUUCAUCGUGGAGAGCUGUUCAGCGUAUUAGCGCGUACCGAACCCGGGCCCAAGCAUCGAUCAACAACGUAGCCCGAUGUCAACUGGAUGAGUUUCCUAUGGGCAAUCUCAAGGAAUCAGGAAAUAAUUCCCCGCAGGCUUGCCGUCUAGUUAACGGCCCUGCGAAUGGGAGACAGGGAAAUGAUUAUAAGGCUUGGAAGGACGCGCAAUGGAGGCCUUGCUCGGCGUACCGCUCUACCAAGUGCCGCAUCAAUGACGAUGGACCGCCUGCAACCUGGGCGUUUGGGCCGCUGCCCGCGGGGCGCGGCUCUGGUAGUGGAAAACACUUCAUAGAUGCUUAUGGUUUCGACGAGCAAACGGUCAACUCGCUUUGCUGGGCUACAUACACUUAUACUGCCCAGCCUGGAGUUAUCUUGACCUCCACGGUUGCUGACCAUGGGUUCCGUGUUCUUGACGAUGAUCCCAUGUACGGUAAUGCAUAUGGGUGGCCUCGACAGUCCUGGCGCGUUAACCCAGCCCCGGUAGCAAGCGCUCAGUAUCGGCCUUUUGACUCUCAACCGACAAUAUUCCAAAGAGACCUUCUCGGCAACGACCAGUACACGUCGCUUGAGAAGUAUAACGACCCCGCUGGCGUCUGCCACGCUGACCUCAAAUUCCUUGGAAAUGGCAAACAAGAUGCCUAUCUCGACCUUGAUUAUGACAAUCUCUACUUCGUCGAUCUGGAUGGCAACCCUAUCGACGGUCGGACAUGCAACAUCAUCUACGAGGACGACGGCCCGCGCUCCGAAGUGCGUCUCGUACUUGACGAGGAUGGUCAUGUCGUGGACAUGUAUAUGGGCGACCCAGAUGCUGACUCGUGGACCAAGGAGGCGGUUAAAAGUUACAAUUUGGAUAAGGUGACUGUUGAUCCUACCACCGUCACUGUCACCACGGGUGUCCUGGCGGGCAGCGAGUCCCGACCCACGUUCGCAGCGAGUACGACUAGGUCCGAGACGAGAUCGGGAACCGUAUUAAGCACUGUGACACACGCGCCGUUUGUUUACAUCCCUUGA